AAUCAUUUCUGUGACUCUAGCUUAACACAUAAUAAAAAGAUUGUCCGAUUAAAAACACUUAGAAAUAAACACAAUGAACUAGCUGCUAGCUGAACCCAUAUCCUAAAUGAACAGAACCAAAUCCAUAUUCCUAAAUCCUUCCUCACCAUGAAUGAUAGAGUGGACAAAUUGGUAAUCUUCUUAGCAAAAAGAGAUGGCAUAGACAAGCUUGUGAAGACAUUCCAAUAUGUCUCUAAGCUUGUAAACUGGAAAGUUGAAGCAACUCACCCUGACAUAUCAAAGAGGUUCAAGCAAUGGGAAGUAGCCUCUGGCCUCAGCAGAAAAGCAUUCAGAACUGGCAGGUUUCUCACCGGAUUCAAUGGUCUUAGAAGAAAUCCUGGUUCAACUCAAACUUUAAGGCUACUGGCGGUGCUUUCUAAUGCAGGAGAAAUGGUGUAUUUCUUCUUUGACCAUUUUCUUUGGUUGUCAAGAAUUGGAACUUUGGAUGCAAAUUUGGCGAAGAAGAUGAGUUACAUAUCGGCUUUCGGCGAGGCUGUUGGAUAUGUUUUCUUCAUUAUAGCUGAUUUCAUUUUGUUGAAAGAGGGAUUGAAGGAAGAGAAACAGUUGAGAAGUUCAGAGGGAAAAGAAAAAUCAGAAGAAAAUGAGAAAGUGAUUCAAAGAAUUAGAAAUGAUAGAAUAAUGAGGCUUAUGGCAGUGGCUGCUAAUGUAGCAGAUUUGAUCAUAGCUUUGGCUGAAAUUGAGCCAAACCCUUUAUGUAAUCACACUAUUUCUCUUGGUAUUAGUGGUUUGGUUUCUGCAUGGGCUGGUUGGUAUAGAAAUUGGCCUUCAUAAAGUAAAGUUCCAAUACCAUAUGGUGUAAUGUGCUUAAUUUUCUUCACAAUGAAAUUUUUUUUGUUUUUGGUAUUAUC